AUGGCUAGAGACUGGGUGAUCUUGUGGUCCAAAGUGUUAGUCAGGGGGCCGUUCCAAUCCCGUUUACAAGGCCUUGGUGGUGGUUUGCGUAGAGGCGGCAGUGCAGAAGGUGGUGGUGGGCUCGGGACAGUGGCAGGCCUAGGGGUGGGGGCAUGGCCAUGGGGGGGCCGCAUCCCAUCCUCCACCCUGCACCGGGACAGGCGCUGGGGCUGGGGGUCCUGGGGCGGGGGUCCAUCUAGGGGGCCCUCCAGACUCUCAGAGCUCCGGCCCUGGCUGAGCGGAGGGACGGCCGCGACGGCAGGAGGUGGAGGCAGCACCGGGGGAGGAGCUGGGGCGGAGAAAGUAGGCAGGGUGAGGUGUUCCCGCAGGGUCUGGGUUCUCCUCGGCUCGCUGGCUCUCGUCUUUCUCACCUCGCUCUUCUUCACUAUCUCGCUCCGUGGGGGCAUCGGCUUCAACUACCUGGAGCCGCCUGGGUGGGAGGAGUCGAGGAGGGUGAAGCUAGUGCCCAACUACGUGGGCGCACACAGGCUGUCGCCAGCAGACACCUCGCAGCAGAAGACAUGUGCCUGCUCACACUGUGUCGGAGACCCGGGCAUUUCUGAUUGGUUCGACGAGAACUACGAGCCGGAUAUCUCACCUGUUUGGACCAGAGACAACAUCCAGCUGCCCUCUGAUGUCUACUACUGGUGGGUGAUGUUACAGCCCCAGUUUAAACCUCACAGCAUCAAGCAGGUGUUGCGGAAGUUGUUCCAGGUGAUUCCCGGAAGGUCGCCGUACGGCUCAUGGGAUCCAGGACGCUGCCUGCGCUGCGCCGUGGUGGGGAACUCGGGAAACCUCCGCGGGUCCGGAUACGGGGCGACCAUUGACGAACACAACUACAUCAUGAGGAUAAACCUGGCACCCACUGUCGGCUACGAAGAAGAUGCCGGCAGCCACACCACUCACCACUUCAUGUACCCGGAGAGCGCCAAGAACCUGGCGGCCAACGUCAGCUUCGUCCUGGUUCCUUUCAAAACGCUGGAUCUUGUCUGGAUCACCAGCGCUCUGUCCACUGGCACGAUUCGAUUUACCUACGCUCCAGUGAAGCAGUUCCUCCGCGUAGAUAAGGACAAGGUCCAGAUCUUCAACCCAGCAUUCUUUAAAUACAUCCACGACCGUUGGACCAAACAUAAUGGCCGCUACCCCUCCACUGGCAUGCUCGUACUGUUCUUUGCCCUGCAUGUCUGUGACGAGGUGAAUGUGUUUGGUUUCGGGGCAGACAGCAGGGGAAACUGGCACCACUACUGGGAGGAGAACCGCUACUCCGGAGAGUUCAGGAAGACCGGCGUCCAUGACGCCGACUACGAAGCCCAGAUCAUCCAGCUGCUGGCGAAGGCUGGCAAGAUCACUGUAUUCCCCGGGAAAUAAGCAGCAAAUCACCCUGUGUAUCUAAUGGUCCAACACUGGUACGGCAACAGACGCUACAGAGGCUGCUUCAAAACGUGUUAGAUAUUCUCACUUUCACUUACCUGCUCCAGUUUGGGUUCCCAGUUUGAAGAAAACCAAAUGCUUACAGUACAGAAGGCGAGAUGAAACGGUCACAUACCAAACAAUGUUAUUCCAUUCACUUUCCCUCAUAUUGAGAAGUCAGCCACCAAUUGAGGCUCUCAUCGGAGAACAUGGUGUAGACUCUUAGGAACCAGGAACAGGGAUGUAGUCCAAAUGUAGUUCUGCUCACAUAGGACUGACCUAAAACUGGAAGUUGAGCCUUAAAUUUCACACUAGAGUAAUUGGCUCGUAGUAGUUUUCAAGGUUUUACCUCUAACAACCAGCGCACGACCACAGAUCUCAACUCAAGCGAAGGCUGAACAGCAGGAAAACUCAACCGAUCACCACAAAUACUGACUUUGACUGUGUACAGCGCAGAGAGAGAGCCAGAGAGGGAAAGAUCUCACACGCAAGAGUCCUACUUCCGGACUCGCCUUGGUUGAGUGUGUAACACUCAUCCGUUAACAAACACACAGUAUGCUACGUACUGAAAAGGCCACAGAAACAGCACCGUCAGCAUCCAGGAGAUUAUUGUUCUACAGCCCCGUGAUGUCGGACAGUAACAAAGUGUGUGUAAAAAAUGACAGUUCUUACCCUCUGAGCACCAGGCGCCGUGCUGCAGGCCUGCAGACAAGUUUACCACUACGGACACAAACUGCGGAGCUAUCAGAAGCCAUUGUGCUGUUGAACAUUUUGAGACUCGAGGACUAAUCUUACAGAACCCCGGGCCAUGAGUUUCUUGAGAAACAAUUGUUCUUCUCAAGUCCUAUACGAGGCCAAACGUCAAUUGCCACUUUUCACUGUCAUAACUCCUCUUCAUGUGAUUUCGGCCUCACAAGACGGCGUUACAAGGACGUUGUAAAACGGUUGGUUAUAAGACGAUAGCUGUGUGAUUGCUGUGAGUUUAUAUGGUAUGACUGUCCUCUGACCCCUCCGGGUCCUUACCAGGCCUAGCAAGGCCUCGACACCUUGCAGCACACUCACGGAAAUGUGAUCAAGACGUUUGCCUUUUGGCCAUUCUGACUCAGAGAGAUCGCUGCAACCUGAGCUUCAGCUCCUGUAGAGCCAGCUAAUGGGGUUGUAAACACCACGGACGGCCACAGGCCAAGCUGCAGUCUACAUUCCCAUCCAGACACAGGGAGAAGUGUUCUGGGAGGGGGUUGGUUUGACUGCAUGAGACUCUAAUGAGGCCAAAAGCCAGUCUCCUGGGAUCUCGUGUUUGGAUGGAGGCACGCUGGUUUCUGGACCGGAGUUUCAUCCCCAUGUGGUCUGUCAGGCUCUAAUUUGGGAGACUGGAGAGAGAGCUGGGGCAUGAAGAACCAGUCUGACUAAGGCAGCAUGAGAAAUACGUCUUUUGCUCCAGUGUUUUUAAGGAUGAAAAGGAAAGACCUUGCCUCACAAACUCACGCUUCUACACACACUGGACUGGGUCCACCAAUUUUGGUUUUCUGAAAGGACUGAGACAAAAAAGGGACUUUGCUCUGCUUCUUUUCCUUUUCACAGACCUGACUCCUGGAUCCCAGUGGAGUUGGAGACUGUCAGGAGCAUUUCGACCCAGAUUAAG